AUGUCUUUCCUCUUCAACCUAGCCUCCUCCAUCACAAGUGCCUUGGAGGGUGACCCGACGCCUGCGUCUGAUGCUGUCGAUGGUGAUGACUCCGUCCAGGCUAAGUGGGAUACGACGGCAGUUUCGAAGGCCACCAGUGCCGCUAAGGAAGGUGCGGACUUCUUCUCAGCUCUGGCCGACAGCAUAGACCGCGAUGUUAGCACAUAUGAUGUCGUGGAGGCAUUGAAGGAAUGCAAAGAGAGGAACUCCGCAUCACCUAAGGAACUGCGGCGCGACUCUCAUUUGAGCGAGUGCAUGGCCAGGCUUAGAGAGUGUGCGGAGACAUCUCUGGAGAGCUUACUGGUGAAUCAAGACAGUGGGAUUAACGAUUUAGGACUUUCCAAUAUGGGUAUCGUAAUAAGUCUGCUCACUCGAGUGUUGACUGGCGAGGAGGAUGCGCCUAUUAAACACGACGACGCUUUCCAGGACUACGUUGAAGAAAUCACAGAGAACGCCUUGGCAGUGGUGCAGAGGCUGUGGAAUCAUCUGGAGGCUGGAGGCGGUGAUGAAGUUGACUGGUCCUCUACUGUCUCUCUUGUGAUGAGUCGUUCGGCGAACGGGACGACUUUCAUACGAUCUUUGGAGGUUUGUAUAAAUGCAGCGUGUAGAAUUUGCAACUCUAUCGUACGACAGUCAGACAUGCUGGGCUUGGGCGCUCCUCGGGAGGCUCUUUCAGGGGCGCUAGUGCACUCGCCUUGUGCGAUAGGCUCCUUACUAGGCGCGAUAGCUACGUUGUCUACUGAGGACCAGCUGGAAGUCUCCGAGCUCGAGCCGGCACCGGUAGAAUUGGAGUUUUUGUAUCACAUGCUGGUCCCUCCUUUGGGUGUGUCUACGAGUAGCAGUAGUGGGCAGCAGAAGGGCGAUGGUGGCGACUUGCAGAAAAUAGUUUGUUUUCAAGGAGGAGUUGAAAGCCUUAUCACCCUAGGCAGAAGUAACCUGUCGCAGCCCUUGGUCGUAGCGGCGUCUUCGGCCUGCCUUUACCAGCUAGCAGUGAAUGAAGGGUGUAGGAAGUACAUAAUAGAAACGGGGCUGUUGGAGCCUCUGGUAGAUCUAUGUAGGAGGGUGGUAGAGUUGAUGAACUCUGAAGUUAAUGAAGAAAUGGGAGGAGUGUUGGCAUCGAUGGUGUCAUGUGUGACCUGUUUUGAAUCUGAAGUUGUACGGAGUACAUCAGGCAGUGCAGAAUUAGGGAGAGGGGCGUUGCAGACUCUUUCGGAGACGGUCGCGUCCAACGUGGUAGCUGAUUCGCCUGAAGUUGUCCAGUGGCUGUCGCGGUUGUCGAAGCAUCUUGGCAUUGAUGAGGACUGUGGGCCUGAGAUGAUAGGAUAUGCUGUCAAUGCUAUGCUGACCUCUUCCUCAUCUGAGGAGAUUGUCAAUUCGAUCCGCAGUGAUAUGAUGGACGAACUAUGCGGGGCUCCUGUGGGGCUGGCGAAGUACUUGUGCACAGCGCCAGAGGUUGUUGAUUCGGCGCUCCAGGGGUGGAGGAUGUCGCCGCAGCGAGCCGGUUUUACACUGAAGAUGUUGUUGGCAGCGGAACAAAGACAGGCUGAGGUGGCAGAGAUAUAUUUCGAGGGUAUAUCAUCUCUGGUGAAGGCAGUCGCGGAUGUUGGUAGUGUUCAGGAAGAGGAGGAAAGAGGGAACGAUCAAUAUGCCUUCCUGCUUCCUCAAGCCCUACGAGUGAUCUUUCUAUGGGCGGCGGGGUCGUCGUAUGGAGGGGAACUGCAUGAAUACGUAUGCGGUGAGGUUGGGAAUUCCCCAAUACUCAUACCGACUCUGACAAGGCUUGCAUCACGUAUACCCAACCAAGGAAAGAAGGAUGUCUACAUUUCCGGCCUCUCAUGUGCCGUUCUUGGCGCUGUCAUAGUGAGCGGCAAGAGCGCCGUCGUCCAGGAAGCUGUGGAAAUGAAGGUCACGGUGAAGACGUUCGUGGGCAAUCUGAGCGGCCUUUUACAGUUGAAGUACCAUAGAGGAGAUGGAGGCCUGUUCGAUAGAGAUGCACCGGGUAUUUGGAGUGAUCUCCAGCGGGUUCUUGAUGCGGCGAAGAAGUGCUUCUUACAAGGGCUGUUAUCGAAGGCGGAGUCUAGUGGAAACAUGAGUGAGAAGAGCGUGGAAGUGUCGACCGAUAGCGGGAAUGGUGUCCCUAGCAUUCGGGCUGACGAGGAGGGCGAGGAGCCAACUGCUGAGGGAGGCAUGUCCAGUGCACAGAUGAAGAAGAUCGUUGCGGGUUAUCAGUCCAUCAUCAGUGCCCAUGAGCAGGAACUCACCGAGUUGCGGAAAGAGGUUGACAGGGUCCAUGCGGAAAAUGAUAAGUUGAAGAACUCGAUACAAGCCCAAGGCAUAAAAAUGAAUGAGGCGGGCGACUGCGAUGCCACCAUGGCUCUCGUUGACCGAGUCGCGAAGAGCCUCCGAGGGAAAAUUGAUGAUUUAAGCAAGCAACUCGCACAAGCCCAGGCACAGGCAGCUUCGAAAGAUGCUAAAAUGAUUCAGAGGCAGCGAUCAACUCCCCUGUUGCGUACCGGGGAGGUGCGUCACCACAUGGAUGAGGAGCGAGAAAUCUCCGAAAACCGUUUCACACGGACAAAACUACGCAUGGAUAUUCCAUACAUUCUCGGUCGUCGAGUUCACAGGGAUGCGGAGCUUCGGAUUCCUCUCAUUUCUUGUCGAAGUAUGAUAGCUUCGACUCGGCAUCGUCUGUUCGGCACGAUCGCAACGAUCGCAAAGGUAGCUCCGUCCUCGGGUGCAGCGGGAAGGAUGUGGAGCUCCAAAGAUGGCUAUGCAUGUCCCGCUCCUAAGGAUCUUGUAAAGCAUUUGGACGAGUUCAUCAUCGGACAAAAUGACGCGAAACGCGUGGUUGCGAUUGCGGUAAGAGAUCGGUGGAGACGCCAGCAGAUCCCCGACGCAGGCCUGAGAAAAGAGUUGCUACCAACCAACAUUCUUCUGGAAGGCCCAUCAGGAUGCGGCAAGACGGAAAUCGCAAGGCGACUAGCUGACGUGAUCGGCGCGCCUCUUGUGAAAGUUGUGGCUACAAAAUACACUGAAGUUGGAUUCAUUGGGGAAGAUACUCAAACGAUGAUACACGAACUAGCGGACUCCUCGUAUGACAUGGAACGGAAACGGGUCAUGUCGGAGGUCCAGGUCGAAGCCAGACAGCUCGCUAUUGAAGCGGUAGCAAGAUCCUAUUUGUGUACUCCCGAGGGAACCGGGGAAGACUCAGUGACAGCGGCGAAGGAUCUGAUUGAGAAGGAGGAUCCUCGGACUAUGGACACUGAGAUAGAAAUCGAGAGUCAUCUCACACACCCGGCACCGAUCGAUCCGAGCAGGCCAGGGGGCAUUUUUGAUGGAGGAGAAGGCAGCAGAGGCCGCAAAGAUCAAGCAUCGCCAUCACCCGUUUCGGGACGUGAUGUGGCUGAUGGGCGACAUCUGUACAAGCCAGGAACGAAUCGUAUGCACAACGCUGAGGAAGCCCUGCGAUGGAGCAAGCUCACUGUUCGCGAUGCCAUGUCCCUCGUCACUGAGCACUAUGCGAGCAUCCUGAUAAUAGACAGAGAACCCGAGAUAAGAGAACGAGCACGAGUCACGUGCGAGGAGCGCGGGAUGGUCUUCAUAGACGAAUUCGACAAGCUUAUCAGUGAGGAGCGGGAGACCGCCAGUGGUUUUGGCUCGAAACGCAGAGGAGUACAAAAGGAGUUAUUGUCGCUGAUAGAGGGAACGGUUGUUACCACUCCCCGACUCGGACGAAUAUCGACUGAGCACAUACUGUUUAUCUGUGCGGGAGCAUUCACGACUUCAAAACCUGCGCAGAUCAUGCCAGAGCUACAAGGGCGAUUGCCGAUAAGAAGCGUUCUGAAGCCCCUCACAACCGAAGACUUCUACCGUAUACUGACAGGCGUCCGGUACGCGCUGCCAAUGCAACAACAGGCUCUUCUGAAGGUUGAAGGAGUCGACAUUCAAUUCGAUGUGGAAGCGUUGCAAGAGAUCGCCAAGAGUGCCUUCGAGUUGAAUCGCAGUUCAGCCAACACGGGCGCGCGUCGACUGCAGAGUGUCAUGAGUACACUGCUAGAGGAGAUAAAGUUCGAUGCGGGAUCAGGAGGUCCUACAGAGGUCCGAAUCGACAAGGAUAAGGUGAAGGCAACAGUGGCGGCGUUGAUGACUGAGUCCGAUCUCUCAAAGUAUGUUAUCUAG